AUGUCUAAUCCGCAAUUCACAUUCCGCCAAACAACCUUUACAUCCCCUUCCCUCCUCCUAACCCGUCGCAACACCGUCUCCCGCAUCACCCUCCACGCCCAACUCUCCCAGCUCCGCGCAAAUGGCCAAUACGACGCCUUCAAGCUCAAAUGGCACCCCAUCUUCGACGACAACUCCCGCUGGCCCGCGCCUCUGCAUCUCUUCUGGGACAGCGACAUCGGCAAGUGGAUAGAAGGCGCCUGCUACUUUCUCCUCGGCGAGUACGACGUCAAGAUCGACGCCGCCGUCCGCGAGCUCGUCGAAAUGAUUCGCUCCGCGCAGCACGACGACGGCUACCUCAACAUCCACUUCUCCGUCGUCGAGCCGGGAAAGCGCUGGACCAAUAUCCAUAUUAGGUACAACGCCGGCCACCUCAUCGAGGGGGCCCUCGCGCACCAACAAUACUACCGCAACGACCGCCUCAUGGAGCCCAUCCAGAAAUACAUCGCCCACAUCCGCAAACGCUUCGGCCCGGGCGAGGGCCAGACGCGCGCCUACCCGGGCCAUCCCGAGAUCGAACUCGCCCUCUUGCGCUUCUACUCCGCCACCGGCAGCCAGGACGCCUACGACCUCGCACGCUUCUUCCUCGAGGAACGCGGCAACCCGGCCGGCCAGGACGGAAAACACUUUUACGACUGGGAGGCCGAACAGCGCGACGAGCCGCGGUGGAAGAGGCCCAACUCGUGGCCCAUGGACCGCUCCUUCUGGUACUGCCAGGCCCACGACCCGAUCCUGGAGCAGACGAGCGUCGAGGGCCACGCCGUCCGCGCGAUGUACCUGCUGACCGCCGCCGCAGACAUGCUGAACCUCUCGCAGGGCGCGGGAGAUGGCCAGCUGGCAGCCAAGACUCAGUCGCUGGCGAACGCCGACGAAUGGCUCACCGCGCUGCGGCGUCUCUGGUCCAACAUGGUCACCAAGAAGAUGUACGUCACCGGCGGCGUCGGCGCCGUGGCGCAGUGGGAGGGCUUCGGGAUCGACUACUUCCUGCCCCAGGGUCCCGACGAAGGGGGGUGCUACGCCGAGACGUGCGCGUCCGUGGGCGUGAUGAUGCUCGCCGAGAGGCUCCUGCACGCCGACCCGGAGCUGAACGGGGAGUACGGCGACGUGAUGGAGCUGUGCCUGUACAACAACGUCAUGACGGCCAUGAGCGCGGACGGGAAGGCGUUCACGUACGAGAACCAGCUCGCGAGCUGCGAGGGCGCCAGGAGCGAGCGCGAGGACUGGUUCGUCUGCGCCUGCUGCCCGCCCAACGUCACGAGACUGCUCGGUAGCAUCGGGGGCUAUCUGUGGGAUUACGGCGGUGAGGGGGACGCGGCGUUUGUGAAUGUGCACUUGUACACGAGUGCUGAGGUGAAGUUCUCUGUGGGGGGCAGGGAAGUGAUGUUUUCGCAGAAGUCGAACUGGCCUUGGGAAGGGAAGGUCGCGUUCGAACUCAGGGGUGCCAAGGAUAUUGCGACGACGAUCCGGCUGCGCAUACCAGCUUGGUCUAAGGGCGACUUCGUUCUCACGCCAGCGCCUGGAUCGGACGACUUCAAGGUGGAAAGGGGAUACCUCUACCUCAGUCCGGCAUACGUCGCAGAGAACUCCGCCUUCACUCUCGACAUCCACGGAUUCGCUCCGCGAUACAUCGCACCUCAUCCGUACACGAAUCAACGCACGCUGAGCCUGGCGCGGGGACCCAUCGUUUACUGCGUCGAAGACGCCGACAACGAAUGGGAGGAGAACCAUUUCAAGGACAUUGGCAUCAAGGCUGGAGAGGAUGUUGAAGAGAUCUGGCGGAUUGAUAAGAUUAGAGGAGAGGAGUACUUUGCGCUCAAGACCAUCGGACGGGAGCGUACGCCUGAUAUGCUGGAACGUGGAGAAAAAGGGGUGAAGAGGGAGCUUGUCUUUGUGCCGUUUUACUUCCGCUCGAAUAGGGGCGGGAAGGGGCAGAUGAGGGUUGGGUUGAGAGAUGACGGGAAGCACUGA